AUGGCAUAUUCCCUCUCCCCGUUUCACCCUCCAUUCUCGCAGACAUUCUGUAAACAAGGUGUCAGUAUCGUCGGUUUCGUAGUCGGCGUCGCGUCAUGGGGUGGCAUCAUGGUUCUCCGCGUCGCUGCAUUAUGGAAAACCAACAUGCGUAUUUUCUGGUUCCUAUGGGCGACACUGGUGGUCAUGGUGUUCACCAUGGGUGCCGGCGCCGCUGUCGUUUACUUUUCGAUGCUGCCGACACUGGCGUACAACUCCAUUCUUGGAACUUGUACGUCCAUCUCUGGAUCACAUAUCCAAACGAUUCUUCCAGGAGUCCAGGCCGCCUUUGUAUGGCUGGUGACUGCUUUCACAGUGAUGAAGGCGUACCAGUACCCGUCGCCCUUGCGAACACUCAAGGACAUGUCGUCGGUUAUGAGCCUCCUGCUUCGAGACGGAGUCAUCUACUUUAUCGUCGUUUCUAUCCUUUCCUUGGUAUCUGGUAUCUCUUGGCUACUGAUUCCAAGAGACACAUCUCCCAAUCUGAUUUACGUCUUCGUUUACCUAAACUGGAGCAUCUUUUCGACGAUUGUUGCGCGACUGUUCCUCCGUCUACGCAAGAUGUUCUACUCUCCCUCAACUCACGCCCAAACCAUCUGCUCAACGACCAUUCGAUGGGCUCCGCCCGCCCGAAGACACGAUUCGGCAUCACUUUUUACCACAAUACCUUGGAGUGCGUCUGGGUAUACACUGCCGUCUGCACUAGCGCAGCUUCAAGAAUAUACCGAGACUCGUGUUCAAGAUGCGCCUUCUCGGUUCUUCCAGGAUGAUGAAUUCGCCGUCCUGUCAAUCCAUAAUACCGCUAUGCGUACCCAUGAGGAUCUGGAUGAGGACUGGUAUUAUGUCCAGUCUCCGGCAGAUGUAUUUUUGGGUCCAUUGUCCCCAGUAGCCUCCUCUAGUUGCCGACCCUGUACGAUGGAAAGAGGCAUCCAAGAGCGGGAAGAUACGUGCCGAACACGGGACGCCGUAGCCAAGCCCACUUCCAAAACGAGUUCUGAUCGUCCCAAGACGGCCCCAUCAGCAUUCACCUCUUCCUCGACGUUGGUUGAACAGCGCAUAUCCGAAGAGCGGGUCGAGACGCUACGCACUUCAAGGCCGCGACCGAGCACAGCCGGGAGCCCCUGCACCAAGAGAAUGCAAUCUACAUCCAGGGAGAAGAGGUCCGCGUGGAUACCGCUCAUUGCGCCCAAGAAAGCCGCAACUCGAUCUCGGUCAAACGACAUUGUGGGCCCGUCCUUUGACAUACCUUCUUCUCGUGUCUCUGGAUGCUCUACGACGCGGCGAGAUGCAUUUGAGGACCGUCGAAUCGGUACGAGUAGCCCUUCUACGUCUCUGUGUAUGGAUAUGGAGACUAGGAGGGAUGUGGGCGUUUUGGAAGCAGUCGGUGCUCCUGCUCCCACGCUUUCGGUCCCUAAAAGGGCCAGUACGUGGACGGCUCCAGGUCGAAUACCGUCCACAAAGGAUCGCAAGGCCAAGGCGGUCCAAGCCUCGAUCUUGGUCGAGGUCUAUCGUGAUUCCGAUUGA